AUGGGUACUGGAAAGAAGGAGGCUAGCCGGCGCGAACGCCAGGGUAAAGGCGGCGAUGGUCUCAACAAUGUCAAGACCAAGGGCGAGAACUUCUAUCGCGAUGCGAAGAAGGUUAAGCACCUCAACAUGUACAAGGAUGGCAAGGCGCAGAGGAACGCUGAGGGAACGAUCACAAAGGCUGCUUCAUACCAGUCGCGAGACAUUCCUAAUGCACGAAUUGAGCCGAACCGCAAGUGGUUUACCAACACUCGAGUCGUCUCCCAGGAUACUCUCAACGCCUUCCGCGAGGCUAUGGAUGAGAAGGCCCGUGAUCCUUACCAGGUCCUGCUUAAGUCCAACAAGCUGCCCAUGAGCCUUAUCCGAGAUGGAGGAAAGGAGACCGAGAAUGGCAUCAAGAAACACAAGGCUAAGAUGACUGUCGAGACAUCACCCUUCGCUGAGGUCUUUGGUCCCAAGGCGCAACGGAAGCGAGUCAAGCUUGGUGUUAGCAGUCUGGAUGACAUGGCUGGCGACACCGAGAAGAGUAUGGACACUUACCGAGAGCGUCUGGAGCAGCAGAAGCUUCUCAGCGGUACUUCUGGUGAUCCUGAAACUCUUGGUGACGCUGACAAGCCACUCACCAUGUCAAUUGAGCCUGUGUUUGACAAGGGUCAAAGCAAGAGAAUCUGGAACGAACUUUACAAGGUCAUCGACUCUUCUGAUGUCGUUAUUCACGUACUCGAUGCUCGCGAUCCUGUUGGCACAAGAUGUCUCAGUGUUGAGAAGUACCUCAAGGAAGAGGCCCCCCACAAGCACUUGAUCUUCGUCCUGAACAAGUGUGACUUGGUUCCGACCAGUGUAGCAGCUGGAUGGGUCCGAAGUCUCUCCAAAGAGUAUCCCACUCUCGCUUUCCACGCGAGCAUCAACCAUUCCUUCGGAAAGGGUUCUCUCAUUCAGCUGCUCCGACAAUUCUCCUCCCUACACUCUGACAGAAAACAAAUAUCUGUCGGCUUGAUUGGCGGACCUAACACUGGAAAGUCUUCCAUCAUCAACACUCUUCUCAAGAAGAAGGUUUGCACCGUUGCUCCCAUUCCCGGCGAGACUAAGGUCUGGCAAUAUGUCAGUCUGAUGAAGCGCAUCUACUUGAUUGACUGUCCCGGUAUCGUCCCUCCCUCAAGCACCGACUCUCCUACCGACUUGGUUCUUCGAGGUGUCGUGCGUGUCGAGAAGGUCGAGCAUCCGGAGCAGUACAUUCAGCCUCUCCUGAACCGUGUUAAGCAACAUCACAUGGAGAAGACUUACGAGGUCAGGGGGUGGACAAAUUCCACAGAGCUGCUGGAAAUCCUGGCCCGAAAGGGCGGUCGUCUGCUCCGUGGAGGCGAACCUGACUUGGAUGGUGUGGCAAAGAUGAUCCUAAAUGAUUUCAUGCGAGGCAAGAUUCCUUGGUUCACACCGGCGCCAAAGCUCGAAGGUGACGCCGACGGCAAGAUCAGGAACCGCGAGGGAAGAUUAGGAGAGAUGCCCCGAAAGCGAAAGCAAGAAGAGCCAACUGAGGAUGAGGACGCAUCUGCUGAGGCACAGCUUCAACAAGAAGCUGAAGCCGCCAUCGAGAAGGCCGAGGGAGAAACCCCAGACGAAUCUGAUGCAGAGUCAGAGUUCGAAGGGUUCGGAAGCGAUACAGAGGAAGCGCGAUCAAGAAAGCUAUCCUUCGGUGCUACUGUGGAUGGUGAGAGUGAGGUCGAAAGCGCCGAUGAUGAUGUACUUUCCAUCGGCGGCUCUGAAGAAGUUAAGGAUGAGGAGGAAAAGGCCCCUACACCUGCGGCCAAGAGUAAAGGGAAGAAGACAAAGGGCGGUCCCCCCAGCAAAAAACGGCGGACAUAA